AUGGGUAUCGUCCAACCCGCCAUUCCCCCUACGCCCAGCGGCACUACCUUGGUUGGCCAGACCGUCAUCGUCACGGGAGGCAACGCUGGCAUCGGCUUCGAGGCCUGCCGCCAGCUGCUGCUGCUCGGGGUCUCGCGCCUCAUCGUGGCCAGCCGUACCGUGUCCAACGGCCAGCUGGCCGUCUCCGCACUCCGCGCUGACGGGGACGUGGCGCGCCAGAACCCGGCGGCCCAGCUGCUGGUCUUCCAGCUCGAUCUGGCCGACUACGCCUCGGGGCUCGGGUUUGCCCAGAGGGUCAACAAGGAAGUGCCCGAGCUGGAUAUCCUCAUCAACAACGGCGGCCAGGUCGAGCUCCGAUUCGAAACCGCGCCAACAGGUCACGAGAAGAACAUGCAAGUCAACUGCUAUACGCACAUGCUCAUCACGCUGGAGCUCUUGCCCCUCCUCCGCGCGACGGCCAGGCUGCGAGGCGCCCCGUCGCGCGUCACCUUCACGGGCUCCAUCACGCAGGUCUUCCAGGAGACGCUCACCAAGGCGCCCAUCGGACCCGGCGAGUCGGUGCUGGGCCAUUGGGACGACCCCAAGCACUUCAGCAGCCUGUUCCGGUACGCCGACACCAAGCUCUGCGUGAGCGCCUACUGCCGCAAGCUGGCGCAGCUCGUGUCCGCCGACGAGGUCAUCGUCAAUGACUUCUGCCCCGGGCUCGUGCGCAACAAGGGGUUGGACAGGAACCUGAACCCCGCCAUGCAAGUCUUGAUGCAAUGCGUCCGCCAGCUGAUUGGGAGGAGCAUACCGGACGCCGCGAGGGCCCUGGUAUACGCGGCCGUGGUGGUGGGCAAGGAGGCGCACGGGACCUUCCUGAACAACAACCAGGUGCAUCCGGGCGCAGCGAUUCUGGAUACGCCCGAGGGGAACAAGUUCACAGACGACCUUUGGAACGAGACUGUGAUGGAUCUGGCCAAGAUGGACCCGGCCUUGAGCACAUAUGUCGCCGCGUAG